AUGUCGCCAAAUAAUCGUUUUUUGUCGCGCUUUUUUUCACGUUUAUCACCAACCAAUAUUAUUCAUCCACGAUCUCAUCAACUUGUAAAUACUGACGACGAAAUCAACAUCGAUGAACAAUCGGCAUCGGAUGAGCAAAAUCUCGUUACUCAACCAAUAGCAACGCGAAUUCGUUCAUCAGCACCAUCGAUUAUCAAACGAUACGAACGAAACUAUGCAUCGGCAUCGUGCAGCAUGUUUGCGAUCGCAGCAUUAGCUGUGAGUCUAUCUGAUUAUCGAUGGUUCUGGUUAAAUGGCGGUCUAUGCAAUUCCAAAUACAUCGGUUUAAGUAUGUUCUUCGCCGUGGGUAAAUUAUUUGUCGUACGAGUACCUGUACCAUGGGAUCCAUCGGCACCAAUCAAUGAAAUCUAUCAAUUUAAACCCAAUGACUAUAUGGAAUUAACUGGUUGCGUAGAUACACGUUCAAUAUUAAUUCUUCGUUUAAUAAUUACAUUAAUUUGUUUGGCGAUAUUCUCUUCUACUAUCGGCUUUCUAUUAGAUGCUCUUGGGCCAAUGAAAUACGGAUUAAAGUUCAUGAGACGCCACGCUUUUUGGCAUAUUCUUUCAGUUCUUCUCUGUACAGUAGUGUCCGGUUUAUGUUUCUGGGCAUCGGAAUUGAUCUAUGAUAUUCAAGAUAAAAGUCGCUCGAAGAUUGGCAAGAAAGUCGAAGUCCAAUUUGAUGUAGCUUAUUAUUUAGUUGUGAUCUCAAGCGGUCUUUCGUUGUUAGCAUCCGCUUUUGCACUUCUCAGACGAUAUCCAACUGCGGAAGAAGAACACUUAGAUAGAUUAAUGGAUGAUUGGUCGCGACGUGAAGAGCCAUUGUUCAUCGAGCGUUCCUUACCUGCAACGGUAUCAACAGUCCCAGCUAAUAACGAACCACCGCCUGAAUAUUCCGAACAGAAUGUUAUUGUAGUAUGA